AUGCGGGCUCGCCAACUGCGGCGAUUCCACAAACACCUCGAUGCCCAGCGCCCCAACCACCAAGACCUGCUGAAUUACUUUUCCGCCGCCGUCCUCGACCAAAUUGACACCCUCAUCGACUACGGCGUCGGCUGGGAGGCGCCGGCAGAUGGCGAGACAGACUGGGAGCCCAAGUGGACCAACAAGACUUCCUUGUCGGCCCAGCUGCAGCACAUCUCGAGGUGGUACGACGAGAAGAAGGCCGGCGACGAUACCGAUGCCGCCGCCGCUGCUGCUGCUACUGCUCCUGGCAACCACACGAACCGCGAUGACCAAGGUGCGGCGGCGACGCCUCCCGUCCGGUCCAGUUCCGAGCCUCCGUCUGCCGUGCUGCUGCUGCCGCCUCCAUCGUUACCGGCAGCACGACCUAGCGAAUCCGACUCGUUUCCAAGAUCCUUUUCUGGCUUGAACAUCCAGGGACCGCCUCCGAAGACGACGACGACGACGACGACGACGACGACGACGACGAGGGGCACCUCUCUGCCUCCGGCACACCGGCGGCUGUCGGAUCGGUCGUCUGCUCGCUCACUCCAUCCACCUGUGCCACUGCCACUCUCAGCCGCUGCCGUGUCGGACGACGACGCAAGGGACAUGGACCGCAUGCGUCAAGAGAUGGACAGGUUUGAGUCCGCGUACGAGAAGAUGGAUCCCGAGUUCCUGGCCACCCUCGAGGCCACCAAGGCGGCCUCCCUGGCCUUCCGGGACCUUGCGGACAAGCGCGAGGUCCUCGCCGCCGCGCGGCGCGAGACGUCUGACAACAAGGCCGCCAUGGAAGCCCGCGAGGCCGACGCCAAGCGGGCCAAGAGAGCGGUGGCCACGGCGACGGCGGCGGCGGGCAGCCCAGGAGGUCCCGGCAACCCGUGGCAGUGGGAGGACAACCGGGACGAGCGUCGGAGCGCGUGGCGGGGGGCCCGCGACGCGUGGCUAGAUGCCCUUGAGCGGGAGCACGGGGCGUACGAUGCCGUCACGCAGGCCCUUGAGGCCGCAGAGCUUGCUGCGCGGGUUGAAGAGAACGCUUUGCAGGAAUGGAGCCAGGUGCUGAAGAGCCGCCGGCGUUAG